AUGUCGUCCGCCGGCGGCCGCCAGCCCAGCCAGAGCCGGGCCAUCCCCACCCGCACCGUGGCCCUCAGCGACGCGGCGCAGCUCCCCCCGGACUACUGCACCACCCCCGGCGGCACCCUCUUCUCCACCACCCCGGGAGGCACCCGGAUCAUCUACGACCGCAAGUUCCUGCUGGACCGCCGCAACUCCCCCAUGGCCCAGACCCCGCCUUGUCACCUCCCCAAUAUUCCCGGCGUCACCAGCCCCGGCUCGGCCGGCGAGGAGCCCAAAGCGGACGCCAACAGCCUGAACCACCAGGAGGGGAAGCCAUCCAUGGGGGACGACGCUCAGUUCGAGAUGGAUAUCUGAGCGGGAACCACGGAGAGGCAGCAACUCCCCAGACCUGUGCACACCCCAUUCGGCUUAGCAGGAUCCCUCCCGGCGAGGCGGAGGCGGUAGCGGUCCCCGCCAGCGUCCCCCUCCCCGCCCGCCUCCCCCGACCCCUCUUUCCGGGGAGCGCGGUCCUGGCUUCACCCCCUUUACGGGUGACCGGGCCCAGCAUCUGCCGGACGGAGCAUCCCUUCCGGAUCCGGCCCUAUUCCUCCUCCUCAUCCCACCAGCAGCCUGAUUUCGACCGGGCUUCUUUUUAAAACAUCCCUUUGCCUCUUCUGCCGCCUCAUGCUCUCCCCCCAAAAAAACCCCAAACCCUCCCGUUACCCCAAACCCCCCGUUACCGGCAGCUUGGCGGUCCGGAGCUGCGUCGCCCUCUUUGCCCCUUCUCCCGGAAAAUUUGGGCAGCCUCUCGGGAAGAGGGGGAAAGAGUCGCUCUAAAAACCCAGCGCCCACUUGCACCCCGGGGCGGGGUUUUUUUUUGGUUCCCCCGGGACCGGCUGGCAUUCGGUGGGGGACAACGUUGGCAGCCUGUUCCCUUCGGUGCUCCGGGGGUCUGAGUUAGUCCCCGACGGUGUCGGGCAGCGCACCCGCAUCUCUCUCCUACCCGGAUUUCUUCCGUCUCGGUCCUUCGACGGGGGGCUGCGUCCCCGACCCGCCAGCCAGGACUCGGAGCGGUGUAGCCAUAUGUUACACAAAACCCCCCUUGCUUUUAGUUUUUUGGUACUAAAAAGGGGCACUUUACUGGCAACGCUUCUUUUUUUCGGGCUGGGAAAGUGCUUUCAAGUGCUUUAUUUUUUUUUUUUUAACCCCCCCUUUUUAAAAUGUGAAUAAUACAGAAGCGAAAUCCCUCGGUGCCGUUGGAUGUCUCAGGAAUAGCUGGGCGCCCGGGGAGGGGAACGCGGGGUGAGAUGCCGCAGGGAUGCGACGCUGCGGCCGGGAGCAUCGCAGCCGCACCCGGGGUGCUCCGGUUGCAGGGUGCCGGCGUCGGUGCCAUCCUCCGCUUGCUUUUUGCGCCGGGGCUUCCCUCGGCCGGCUCGUGCUGCCGCCGAUAAAGGGUUUCCCCGUUAAACUGCCCGCCUGCGGCGGCUUUGCCGGCCUGGCACAUCGUGGCCAUCCUGCCUGUGCCCGGCAUCUUGAAACCCCCCCGGCGUUGGGAUUAUUUUUUUUUUUUCUCCUCUCUUGGUGCGACUCUCGCCUCGAAGAGCAAUGUUUGGUGAGGGCGUGCGUGGUAGGGGACGCCGCGGCCGUGCCGUGUUGUGCCCCCCGAGCCCGCCGGUCCCCCCCCAUUAUUUUUUUUUACUACCUGUUGGGAGCCGUCAACAGCUUCGCAACCUUCUCAAGUGCCAUUUUAUCAGCCCCCACCUGAGUGCCUGCUCCAUCCAUCCUCCCUCCCUCGCCGGGGUCCCCCCUCCCCGGUACCCAGCCCCGGGGACCCGCUG